AAGCCAAGCAGCUAGCCAUUGUAGUCUUCUGAUGAUGGGUUUUGCAGGUGCAAAGAGAGGUAAAAAAGAUCACGAGAAGUCACCAGAAUCACCCCCUGCCCACCAUCUCCACCACCACCACCUUACGAAUCAGUCUCCUAAAAGUAUCAUUUGGAUUUUUCUUUUAGUCAUUGCAGUUGAUCUAUCAUGUCUUCUCCUUUAUCACUCAGCUUACCAGAAUUAUCUUUUUUUAGCCACUUCUCAAUACUCCCAAGAGUCUUUUCCAUCUCAAGAUUCUAGUUUCAGACAGGCAAAAAUAUUCUCCUCAAAAAUAGUUGCAGAAGGGCCUUCAUCUUCUUCAUCUCUUGACAGUGCUCAGCCUGAACUCAGCAGGGCAAAUUUAUCUCCUCCAACAGAAUCUGUGCCACAAAUUCAGUCUUCUCCAGCUGCCUCUGACCAAGGGAACCUAUCUUUCCCAGCUAACCAACAAAAUGAAGAAACCAAAUUGGAGAGAGUACUAAGAGAGGCUGCCAUGGUCAACAAAACUGUCAUCAUAACAACAGUAAAUUCAGCAUGGAUGAUGCCUAAUUCAAUCUUUGACCUCUUUCUUGAGAGCUUUAGAGUUGGGAAUCAAACACAAGUCCUACUGAAUCAUUUAAUAGUAGUAGCAUUUGACCAAGAGGCUCAGAAUCGUUGCUUGGAGUUGCAUUCUCAUUGCUAUGCACUAAGAACUGAAGGGGUCGAUUUCUCCAGUAAGGUGGAUUUUAUGAGCGAAGAGUAUUUGAAGAUGAUGUGGAGCAGGAUUGGUUUUCUUCAUACUGUCCUUAAGAUGGGGUACAGUUUCAUUUUCACGGAUGCUGACAUAGUGUGGUUUCGAGAUCCAUUUCAACAAUUUUAUGAGGAUGCAGAUUUCCAAAUUGCAUGUGAUCAAUUUCGUUACAACUCUACUGACUUGAACAACUCACCAAAUGCAGGUUUUACCUAUGCUAAAUCAAGCAACGCUACAAUCCAAUUUUACAAGUUUUGGUACGACUCAAAAGAUACUUAUCCAUGGAGCCAUGAUCAACAUGUGCUUAAUAAGAUCAAAUUUGAUCCAUUUAUUGACAAGAUUGGGCUGAAGAUCAAAUUCUUGGACACAACUUACUUUGGAGGAUUUUGUGAGCCAAGUAAGGAUCUUGAUGUUGUUUUCACAAUGCAUGCAAAUUGUUGUACUAGUCUAGACAGUAAAAUUCAUGACCUUAAUAUGGUGAUUGAUGACUGGAAAAGAUACAUGACAUUGCCAAGGAAUCAAACAAAACCAAACUCUUGGACAAUGCCUCGAUAUUGUGGAAACGACAGUUGAGCAGUGGUAAAUUAGGAUUACUAAUUUAAAGUAUAAAAGUAGAUAUUUAUAUUUACAAAAUUUGUGUAUUUGUAUUCUUUUUCUUCUUUUAU